AUGCUCAGCUGUACUGCUUGCAUUCGGCGGGCGCUCAAUAAUCUCUCGCCGACCAUAAAAUCUUCACGCAGCCUCCACUUCUAUACUUCCCGAACCGGCCUGCUCGCUCAGUCACUAUACCGCAAUCACUCCACCCUCCGCGCGAUCAGAACCGGUCAUCAUCGGCGUGAACUGCUUCAUAGCCUCAAGAAGUCUUCGAAAGGCAAACCCGAUCCCAACAAAGCUUCUGUCAGAAAAGUCAAGCGGGAGGCUUUGAAAGAGAAAGAUGAGGCUGCGAGAAUACAUAACCGGAAUCGACUCCUCAAUUCACCAUCCAGUGCAACAAAAUCCAUACUCUCCGACCGGGUUCAACUUGCAUCGGAAGUCCUGAACUUGUUGAAAAAGGAGCAACUGGUGAAAGCCCUGACGUUAUGCCGCCUCAGCGAGAAGGGGAUCGAUGGUGCUCCCCCGGUUGACAGCGUCGUGAGCUGGAACCAUAUCAUAGAUUGGCUUAUGCUCAAGGAAGACACGGGACUCGCUUGGAAAGUCUUCAAUGAGAUGAAAAAGCGUGGUCACAAACCAAGUGCUCAGACUAUUACAAUAAUGCUGCGAGGGUAUAUGGAAAAUCCAAAACAGUCGAGGUCCACCCAGCAGGCUCUGGCGGUCUACAAUUCUAUGUUUGGACCACACUCGACAGUGAAGCCAUCCAUCAUUCACUCCAACGCCAUUCUGUCGGUUUGCGCCAGGGCCCGUGAUAUGGACUCUUUGUGGGGCAUCGCAGGUCGUCUGCCAGAGCGUGGACCAGACGCUGCUGAUCGACGAACCUACACAACUAUCUUGAUGGCAAUGACUGCGGACGUACGUGCCCACGCUUUGGAGCUUGGUUCCAAGGAGCAAAACUUUCGGCCGGAAGAGCGCGGUCUGAACACAGAAAAGUUGUUUCAACAAGCCAUAGAAGGUGGUCAACGGCUGUGGACGGAAGUUAUUGCCAGGUGGCGCAGAGGUGACUUGGAAAUCGACGCAAAAUUAACUUGCGCUAUGGGUCGGUUGCUGAUGCUAUCUUCUGAACGGAAACAUCAUCAUGAGAUCUUUGCCCUCAUCGAACAAACGAUGAAUCUCUCCAGGUUUGACGAGCGCCUGGAGUUAAAGAAGAAAGAGUCUCCAUCGCUGAUCAAUGCCGAUCCGGAACCAACAAACGUCUCUGUAACGACAGAACAAUCAGUCGGGGAAGACACAUCCCAGACUGGUGUGAUGAGUAUUGUUCGUGAAACCAGCGCUGAGUCACCGUCGGAAGCCCUGAGUUUGAAGAACGGCUCCGCCUACGCCGUGCCGGACAAUAACACUCUCUCAUUGCUUCUCGAAACUGCCCUGUCCUUGAAGGACCCAAACAGAGGAAAACAUUAUUGGGAAACAAUCACUUCGCCCACCGGGCCAUACAGACUCCAACCAGAUGGUGGCACAUUCACCCUCUAUCUACGUCUCUUGCGAAGUUUACGAGCUAGUCAAACAUCCCUCGAUGUUUUGAAGAGCAUCCCUGACACAAUUUGGAAAACCGCGCUUGCAUACCGCGGGGUAUUCAUGAUAGCCAUGAGUACAUGUGUGCGAGACAGGAAUAAUCCAAAUGUGUUUGAUACAGCAUGUCGGCUCAUUGACUUGAUGCAAGCAAAGGCAGAGGUUUUUGGGUUUCACCAAUCGAGUUUCGACAACCAUCGCACCGCAUCAACCCUUUCGCCCAAAGUUCUUACCCUUUAUGUGCAACUAGCAAUAGCUACAACACGAGGUAUCAAUGGUGAAAAGCUGACCAAGGAUGUGAAGACGGGCGAUCUCAAUUUUGAACGAAACCCCCGCAAGAACAACGUUCUGCGCGCAUUGAACAGACUGACAUCAGACACCUUGAAUGUAAAGCGAAUGAUCAAGCUCAAUGUCGCCGAAUACGAACGUCAACUCGCUCAGAAAUCGCGUACUCCUAGGGUCCAAAGUCGUCUCAGGGAGCAAGCCGAAGCACCAGCUGAUACACAAGAGUUAGUGGAUUAUCUUACAACUCUGAUUGGAGCAUACGAUAAGCUUCUACUGGUCAAUGAGAAGCUUGAAGACGAAGGUUUAGGGCCUUUGGACUCUCAGAUCGUAGCAGACUUUGUUCGAGAGAAGAGAAAACUGUCGGCUUUUGUAGGCAUGGUCAACAAUGUCCCUGGCAUCGCUUCAAGGUAUAAGAAAAUCAAAGAAUUUCUCGAACCACUAGAAAAGGAAGACGAAGAAAGACGAGAAGAGAUCAGUAACACGGUCCAGUCCAGUGCUUUGGCAGAAAUCAGAGAUGAAAUCCAGACAAUGGCAAAUUUGAAAGAGAAAAAGAAACUUUUGAGAGGCUUGUCGAUUCGGCAAAAGCGCGAGCUCCAGAAGGAACUACAUGCCCGUACUGUCGACCCAAACCGUUCCCCACCUCCAGAUUCCCCCGAACCCUUGGCUCCACGCCCUACGCGACCCAUGAGGGCCAAAGACGCGGCUGAGAAUGGAAAAUAUACGGGGUCCAAAUCGGUGACUUUUCCAGGGUUUGCUGGCAUCAAGAGAGCCAGUCGACCAGCAGUCAAGGGCGAAGUGGAAGCUCCCCUGAGGGUCAGAAAACCGCUCCACAACGGAUUGUAUCCGACAUCCAAGUCUAUGACUCUUCCGAGAUUCGGUGCAAUCAAGAAGAUUGAUUUAUCGGAUAUCAAGGACGAACGCACAUCGGAUCAGACACCAAAGUAUGCGUCCAGAAGAAAACCUCAAUCGCCAUACGCAAAUUCGCCUGGCGUCAAAGGUUGGGGUGGCGGCUUUAGCGAGCUCGCAAAGAAACAAGGCCAACCCUCAACUGGGCUUGUCGACCUGGGUAGAUAG